CCGCGUUGUUAGUCUUUUGGAAAACCUGCCAUCGAGCGGUUGGCUGGAUCAGUUUUGUCCUUGUCGCGGCGAAAGAGAGUUGCUUUUGGAUUCGAAAUUCUGGGAAAUAGAUUCGGCAUCGGAUUCGGAAUUGGAUUCGGAAUCGGGAAUCAUCGGUGACAGGUGCACCCAGCUAUAUGUCUCGCUGGCACUCUCUUCUUUGUGGCGGACGAUUCUCCGGCGAACUGCACUUUGCCGCGGCCAUUAAUGUCAACACCGUUGUCAGCCGGCUGCGGUUGUCGGCGGCGUCGUGUUAAUGCUUUUAAUUGCAUGCAAAACAUAAAAAGCAGGCGUUUGCGUUUUGCGUUUGCGGGGGCCGACGGAACAGUUCCACAUUCCCGAUCUAUAUUCCCGCCCGAUCUUGACUUUUCCGCCGGCUAUUCGCAGCCACUUGAGGCCGCGGACGACAACCGCAAAGCCCCACUGAUUGAUUUGUUUAAUGCCGCCGGAUUCUGGGAUUCUGCAGCAGAGGAGUAUCCAUUGGGGCCGUUGGACAACUUAAUUUCAUUAGCGCGUAUUUAAGUGUGAGCAUAAACUUGCCGGAGGGGCAAUUACAAAGGAUUUGGUCCGGACGUAACCCACUUAAUUGAACAGCGGGCGGUGGCGGCAGCAUCUCUCAUCCCCGAAUGGUCUUCCUGUGAUUCCCAUUGCGAGCGAUACACUCUGAGUGCCGCAGGACGACGACGAGGACACCGACACCGCAACCGCUGAGGGGCAGCCACGGCGUCG